UCUGAAUUGCUGCACAAAGUACCAUCAACAUUAAUCAAAGCAGCGAAUUCACCGCUAGCACUGUGCCCAGCAUAGCCCGCGGCGCAUUUCCCUCUGACAUCACCGCGCCAAUACCAGGGUGAGACCGAGGAUCGGGCAGAAGGGACGCAUUUUCCCGCCGCAGCAGCCGAAGUUGAAAGCAGGGACGUGCACAACCGAGCAAGCAACUCGACCGUGAGCUCCACCUCAUCCACAACGCGACCUUGCCCACUGCCAUUGCGCAACCGUCCUUAAUCCCCUCCCAGCGGUCCGCGCAUUAUCUUGCUCUACUCAUCGUCCUUUACUUUUCCCACCCACUUUUAUCUUCCCCACCGGACUUAUCUUCCUCACAACUUCGGCGCAAUGGCACCUUUAACAGAUGCUUCGGUCGAUGACCUCAAGAGCACCGUCACCAGCCUUGAGAAGCGCAUCGCUGACUUGGAAAAGAGACUCGCGGGUCAGAAUGGGGCUGCGCCUGCGUCUGCGGAGAGCGUCAGGAUGAUUUUGAUGGGUCCACCCGGUGCUGGCAAGGGUACUCAAGCGCCGAAGAUCAAGGAGAAGUUCUGCGCUUGCCAUCUUGCUACCGGAGACAUGCUGCGCGCGCAAGUCGCAGCAAAGACUGCGCUUGGCCGGGAAGCAAAGAAGAUUAUGGAUGCGGGUGGUCUGGUUAGCGACGAGAUCAUGAUCAACAUGAUCAAGACGGAGCUCGAGAACAACGCAGAGUGCUCCAAGGGAUUCAUCCUCGACGGCUUCCCCCGCACAGUAACGCAAGCCGAAAAGCUCGACGGCAUGCUCAGCAUAACCAAGAAGCCCCUCCAACACGCCGUAGAACUGCAAAUCGACGACGGCCUCCUCGUCUCGCGCAUCACCGGUCGCCUCGUGCACCCCGCCUCCGGCCGCUCCUACCACAAGAUUUUCAACCCGCCCAAGACCUCCAUGACGGACGACGUAACGGGUGAGCCGCUCAUCCAGCGCUCCGAUGACAACGAGGACACGCUUAAGAAGCGCCUGUCAACAUACCAUGCGCAGACUGCGCCAGUCGUCGCAUACUACCAGAAGACUGGUAUCUGGAAGCCAGUCGAUGCGAGCCAAGAGCCCGGCCAGGUGUGGAAGAGUCUGCUUAAGAUUUUCGAUGACAAGGCUAUGGUUGCUGGACGGACCGGCAGCCUGCUUAACAAGGUUGGGCUCAAGAACUAGGCGACCUUCGAAGAUGUGAGCAGGGAAUGUGGUACCGGAUUGCAAAGAUACAACUACGGGUCACGCCUACGCUUUCAUACCGCC